UCCGUGCGUGAUGCUGCUGACACACUGUACUCGCUCAUGACAGAGGAUCUGUUGUCCGGUAAUAGCACACAAAGAGGCCUUUUCACCGUAUGGUUAAAGGCAAACCGUAUGCUAAUACGGGGCAAAAUAAGUCGGGUGACUGGCGUAGCCUAGCCUACACCAUGUCCUUUAGCUAAAGAAUGAAAUUCUCAACGUUUGUUCAGGUGUAGACGUCACAACGCGCACUCAAACGCAACCUGACGCGCUCCUUUCAUGUAAGCUCGCGGAUAUUUAGAGGAAUAAAGACGGAAGGCAUGAAACUGACCGGAGUCCACAGCGUUCCUUGGGACGGUGAGAGGCUUGCAGAGGGGAGUUAAAGAAUGCAAGCAGCAAUGUGACUGGAGGUCUGGGAGCAGCAGGUGCCUAAUUCUUGGAAAUGAGGCCUCACAGUGACCAAUGUUGGCAGGAUCCCUGAAUUGUCACCAUGAAAGCAGGGAAUUCAAGAUGUGCUUUCUCCCUGGGCUUCCUGGUGGGCAGCUGCACCUUGUAUAUCUUCUUGAGACAGGUGUGGUUUGAGGAGAGCUUCGGCUGGAAGCGUGAUGGCAAGAGCAACCCUGCUCCACUGGGGCCUGAACAAAACACCCCCAACCUUACCUGGAGAGUGGAAGGAUCUGCCCUGAUCAACCUCAAACACCCUCACCAGCCAGGAGAGGAUGGUCACAUUGCAGAUGAGCUGUUUAAGAAAGUGCGUAUCCUGUGCUGGGUGAUGACAGGGCCUAGUAAUCUACAGUCAAAGGCUCGGCAUGUGAAGGCAACGUGGAGUCGUCACUGUAACGUAGUGCUGUUCAUGAGCUCUGAGGAAGACCGCAGCUUCCCCACAGUGGGUCUCGGCACAGGAGAAGGCCGUGACCAGCUGUACUGGAAGACUAUUCGUGCCUUCCACUACGUUCUGAAGAACCACGGCGAUGAGGCAGACUGGUUCCUCAAAACCGACGAUGACACGUUCGUCGUUGUGGACAACUUGCGCUGGAUCUUGUCGAACUACACGGCAGAGCAGCCCAUAUACUUUGGCAAGAGGUUCAAGCCUUACGCCAAGCAGGGCUACAUGAGCGGAGGUGCAGGUUAUGUGCUAAGCAAAGAGGCCCUGAGAAGGUUUGUGGAGGGUUUUAGCACUAAAGUGUGCACGCAUACCUCCUCAGUGGAGGAUCUAGCGAUGGGUCAGUGUCUGGAGAAAAUGGGGGUGGUAGCAGGUGACUCCAGGGACACACUGCACCGUGAAACCUUCCAUCCUUUCAUUCCUGAACACCAUCUUACAGGAAAGUUCUCCAAAACCUUCUGGUACUGGAACUACUGCUUCUACCCAAUUGUAGAAGGCCCACAGUGCUGCUCUGACCUAGCUGUGUCUUUCCACUAUGUAGACCCUGUGCUAAUGUACACUCUUGAGUACUACACUUACCGUCUCAGGCCCUAUAGCUACCGACACCGCUACCAGCCUCCAGUGCCUGCUGUACUGUCUUUAGCUUCCCACACUGGGAAACCCACCACAGAAGCUCAGAGAUUAGAGGAGCGUGUUAAAGAAAAAUCAGUUCCAACAUACACCAUGAAUCCCAGAGCUGAGAAAGUGAAGACUACUGGAACAACAAGUCACAAAGUCACAAAUGCUGCCCAGGGGAGAAACAUAACCGACAGAAACACUGCGUGAUUGUGAAUAUGAUCGUCUCUUCUUGUGUAAAUCUAGAAUGAACGCAUGUAGCACUGACAGAUGUGAACUGUGAACUUGUGAAGCAUUUUGAAUCAUCCAGACUGUGUACUGUGCAAAUGGAGUGGUGAAGUGGUUACAGAUCUGGGCUAAUUACCAAAAGCUGUAAGUUCAAACUUUAACAAAGAACAAAUUUUGUCAUUAUUGCUGUUGAUCAAGUAACUUGACUGAUUGUGCCAGUUAUAAAUCAACUGUAUAUCACUUCGAAUAAGUGUUUGCUACUCAACGGAUUGUUAAUAUGGUCCCUGCUAUUUGAAUAAAUCAUUUUGCUGCCCUCUAGUCUGAGUACAGUAAAAGUGUGAUUCACAUCAUAUAUUAUGGCUGAAGGGCUUCAACAGUUUUGUAUUUCAACAAUGAGACAAAAUGAAAAGCUGAGUUUCAU